AUGUAUUCAUUGAAUGUUGUGUUAGUAUUGCGAGGGCUGAGCAGUGGGUCGGGAGGUGUGGACCCAAACCCGGGUCUUGCGGUCCCAAAACACGGCCGCAAAGAGACUGAAGAGGAGUUCGACCAAAGAUAUAUCAAUUACUUCAACCGCAAAGACAUUGAUGGCUGGGAGGUUAGGAAAGCGAUGAACGACAUGCAUGGCAUGGAUCUGGUGCCGGAGCCAAAGGUGGUGGUGGCGGCCCUCCAGGCGUGCCGUCGUGUCAACGAUCACGCGCUUUGUGUGCGAUAUCUGGAGGCCAUCAAAAUGAAGAGCGUCGGCAAUCCCCAAAUCUAUGCCUACAUUAUCCAAGAGAUUAGACCAACACUUGACGAGUUGGGGAUCAGUACUCCCGAGGAGUUGGGUUACGGAGAGCCCGAGUUAGCGCUCGCCAACCCUUACGACAUGCACUGA